CAUCUUCCCUUCUUCUUAGCUAUGACAUGGUCCAUUAUGGUCAUUCCAACCAACUUCGACAAGCCAAGGCUAUGGGGGACUACCUCAUUGUUGGAGUGCACACUGACGAUGAGAUCUCUAAGCACAAAGGUCCUCCAGUGUUCACUCAGGCGGAGAGAUAUAAGAUGGUGCGAGCCAUCAAGUGGGUGGAUGAGAUCGUAGAAGGAGCUCCAUACGUGACCACACUCGAGACUCUGGACAAAUACACAUGUGAUUUCUGUGUUCAUGGAGAUGACAUCACUCUUACUGUGGAUGGAAAAGACACAUAUGAAGAAGUGAAAAGUUCUGGUAGGUACAGAGAGUGUAAGAGGACUCAGGGAGUGUCCACUACUGACCUGGUGGGCCGCAUGCUUCUCAUGACCAAAGCUCAUCACAGCAACAUGGGCAGUUCAGACUAUCAACAACACACAGACAACUUUGGAAGAGGUCCUAAGGGCCACAGUCCCUGGACAGGAGUGUCACAGUUCCUGCAGACGUCUCAGAAAAUCAUCCAGUUUGCCUCGGGCCAGGAGCCGCAGCCGGGAGACACCAUCAUCUAUGUGGCGGGAGCUUUCGACCUGUUCCACAUCGGCCAUGUGGAUUUCCUGGAUGCAGUGUCCAAGCUUUCAGAGAAGCCAUAUGUUAUCGUUGGGUUGCACUUUGAUCAGGAGGUCAAUCGUUACAAGGGAAAAAACUAUCCCAUCAUGAACAUCCAUGAGAGAACUCUGAGUGUGCUGGCCUGUCGAUAUGUCUCUGAGGUUGUUAUAGGAGCACCAUAUGCUGUAACAAAAGACUUACUGGACCAUUUUAAGGUAGACCUGGUGUGCCAUGGCGAAACUGAAGUGUUUCUAGACAGAGAUGGAUCAGACCCAUAUGCUGUACCCAGGAAAAUGGGAAUAUUGCGGACAGUGGAUAGUGGAAACAGUCUCACCACUGACAACAUUGUGCAGAGGAUCAUCAAAAACAGGUUGCUGUUUGAGGCAAGAAACCAGAAAAAGGAGGCCAAAGAGAUGGCAGUGAUCCAGGCCAUGAAGCGACAAGAAGAGGAAAGAGCACAGGCUGUGCUGUAGGGGGAAAACACAUCCUCAAAGACUAACAAAACCCAGUACAUGCAGUUGACUCUUUUCUAAUGUUUCUUCUACAUACUGGACUUACAUACUAUCACAACACCAGCAGCUGGAAGCACCUUUUAUUGCUGAAUUAGCACGUGUUGUUUUGGGAGCUGUGUGUUUAUCCCGAUCUCAUGGGGAAACGCAACUAUUUUACGAGGUGGCGACUUCGUAUGAAUUCAUGCAAUGUGAAAACAUACAAUUUCAAGCUAACCAAACCUCAAACAUAACCAUCAAUGUGGCAUAAGCAGAUCGAUGCACAAAUUCUUACCUAUUAGCCACCGGUUUGCCAAAACGUAAAAUAAUUACGACCUACCAUGAGAUUGUGUCAGUGUGUGACAUCUGUUUUCGUGAACCCUUCCCACUCUCCACACUCUAAUGACCUCUUCAUCGCGUUCUUCCUCAUCAUCAGUCUGAUCAGAUCUACUCACUGAGGAAGAAACCAAGAUGACUUACAUGACCGUUACCUCUACAUUCAAGUCCGGAAACUCUUUUUUGCUUCGAAAGCAACAAUCCUGAAUCCACUGGAAGAGCAUUACAGUCUUCUGUCCUAACAUGUAUUCAUGAUAAAUUAUUAAUAUAUCUGUCAUAAUCAAUGGCUAAUCCUCAAAUGAUGUUUUUUUUAUUCUAAAGCACUCCAGCAAAUUAAACUGUACUAUAAAAUAAUUAAUAGCUAGGAUAUGCUAUUUAACAAACAUGCAUUUUAAUGUUCUUAAAAACAUUGUUUAUUAUUUUUAACAGAAUUGUAUUUCCUUAACCUUACUUCAAAAGGAUAAAGGAACAUGUUUCAGGAUGGCUCUUUUGUUUGAUGGAUUUUCCUCAAUGUCACAUUCUUGAGGUUAAGAAGAUCCAAAAAGAAAAAAUCAGUCGUCCCGGCUAACAAAGUUUCGUUCUAAGAAUGUUUUCCAAAUAUUCUGUUUUGGUUAUAAUGGAAUGUCCAGUUUUUUAAUGUCAGUGGAAUGUUUUUUUAAGGUUUUAUGAUGUUCCUGAAACAUUCUGUCAACUUAAUUUUUUAUUAACAACUCAACAAUCUUCACACCAAAAUUCUCAGUGUAAAUGAACACUACUUUUCUAAUAUCUAUGGGUCCAAUCUAAAGGGUGUUAAAGUAACACUGAAACAAAUCCAGUGAUUAAAGUUAUUUCUUUAUUUCUGUCAUAUGUCUACCGAAGUUCUUAUCGAGGUUUUGAUGUUGAUGUUUUAUUGAAUGUGUUUUCUUUAGUCACACUUAUGGUGAUCAGUGUUCACUUUAGUUGGGCUUUGGUCAUUGACUUUUAUUAUUUUAUUUCUCUUUAAGCAGUUGCAAUAGUGUUUCUGCAUUGAUUAAAAAGGGAUUGAUGAAAAAGCAGAUCAACAUGUCUGCUGUAUCUAUCAAAUUACUGCAUUAAAGUGGUUUACAUACCUGC